AUGCGAAGAGCUCGGCACGGGCAGCCCUUGCAGGCCAAAGUCAGCAGCUGCCCUGGUCAGGAGAGUCACGGGCUGUGUCCUCUUCUCAGCCACUGGUCCCCCCUCCAGUCUUCCCGCACCCGCUGCCUUCUCUCCUUUCCCGGGAGCACAGACCCUCCCCGCCUGCCCACCCAAGCCUGGGGGCUGGAGGGCAUCUGCGUGCACAGAAGCGCCAACACCAGAAAACGUGGGGGCGAGUGGGGCCCCCUCUCUCAACAGUCCCCUCCCCGAGCAGGGCUUCAGUCUGGGGUCCCACCGUGCUGUGUCCCGGCUCCAUUCAUAACAGCCGGGCCAGGUGACACGGGCUGGGGUGGCUGCAGGCAACCUUGCAACAGACUGAACGGAUGCAGAGUGGAGGAUGAAGUGGUGAUCUGGAGCGCGGAGCCUGCUGCCCGUCCCUAG